UUUCAUAUGAAAAAUUGGAACUUUAGCUAUUUUUUUCUUGUUUCAUAUGAAAGAUUGGACCUUUAGCUAUUUUUCUUGUUUCAUAUGAAAGAUUGGACCUUUAGCUAUUUUUCUUGUUUCAUAUGAAAGAUUGGACCUUUAGCUAUUUUUCUUGUUUCAUAUGAAAGAUUGGACCUUUAGCUAUUUUUCUUGUUUCAUAUGAAAGAUUGGACCUUUAGCUAUUUUUCUUGUUUCAUAUGAAAGAUUGGAGCUUUAGCUAUUUUUCUUGUUUCAUAUGAAAGAUUACUUUUAGCUAUUUUUCUUGUUUCAUAUGAAAGAUGGGAGCUUUAAGUUUUGUUAUUUUUGUUCUUUAUAUUGUUCUUGAACUUGCUCUAACUAUGAUUCUUUUUCCCCUUGUGAUUUUCUAUAUCUUUGUCAUAAUGAGUGAACCCCAUCUUAUUUUUCUUGUUUCAUAUGAAAGAUUGGAGCUUUAACUAUUUAGUUCUGGUUCUUUUGUACUUUUUUGUAUGUUGUAGUAUUUGGGAGUUGGGACUUGUGGCUCUCUAAGGCUCUAUAACUAUAAUUCUUCUUUUCGCUUGUAUCUUAUGGACUAUGUUGCUAGGACUCUUCAAAAAUGACGAUUGAUGCAUGUCGGAUCCUCAAAAAGUAGUGUAUUCUUGAGAAAUCAACAUGGUUGGGACAAUGUUUUUGGAAAUUCCGAGCAACAUAGCUCAUGAUAGUUGAUGGGGAAAAGGGAAAAGGGAAAAGGACCUGGUUGCUCUUCAAUUGGAUUUGGCGCUGCUGUGGAGUUGGGACCUCUGCUAGUUCAAAACAAUGGAGCUGGUUUUGACUUCAACAAGCAUUCUUGGAAUAACGAAGUCAAUUUGCUGUUUUUGGAAUCUCCAGUUGGGGUGGGAUUCUCUUACACCAAUACAUCCUCCGAUUUAACCAACUUAGAUGACACCUUUGCUGCUGAAGAUGCUUAUAAUUUCUUGGUGAAUUGGCUGGAAAGGUUCCCCGAUUUCAAGAACCGAGAAUUUUUCAUAUCAGGAGAGAGCUAUGCAGGACACUAUGUGCCGCAGUUGGCAGAGCUCGUAUACAACCGAAAUAAAGACAGCAAAAAGUAUCCUUACAUUAAUCUCAAAGGUUUCAUCGUUGGAAAUCCUGAAACGAACGAUUACUAUGAUUAUAAAGGGAUAUUGGAAUAUGCUUGGAGCCAUGCAAUACUAUACGAUUCGGAGUAUCAGAAAGCCAAACAAGUAUGCAAUUUCAAGGUCUCCUACUGGUCCGACGCCUGUAAUGAUGCCAUGCAAGUGUUAUGGGAUAAAUAUAAUGAAAUUGACAUCUACAACAUUUAUGGUCCCAGGUGUCCCGUGAACACUUCCUCUUCUUCAGCUAGUGAUAUCGUUGAUACAAAUGAUUCUUCUCAAAUCAAGGCACCUAAUUAUGGGUUCAGGAGGAUGAAACGAAUUCCGGGGGGUUAUGACCCCUGCUAUACUUCAUUCACCGAAAAGUAUUUCAACCGAUUAGAUGUUCAAAUUGCUCUUCACGCGAACACUGAAGGAAGUCAAGCUAGAAAACAAUGGAAAAGUUGCAGUGAUCCUAUAUUCCGCACAUACAACUACAAUGUAUUCUCUAUCUUGCCAGUAUACGAAAGGCUCAUCAAAGGGGGCCUGAAGAUUUGGAUUUUUAGUGGCGAUGUAGAUGGACGAGUGCCAGUAAUUGGGACGAGAGACUGCGUUGAAGCUCUUAAUCUGACUCUGAAAUCUCCAUGGCGUUCUUGGUUCCUCAAUAAGCAGGUAGCAGGACGGGUAGUAGAGUACGAAGGGCUGACAUUUGUGACAGUAAGAGGAGCCGGUCAUCUGGUACCUCUAUACAAGCCAAGUGAAGGUCUAGCCCUCAUCCAUUCUUUCUUAACUGGUGAAGAACUUCCAUCUCAUAGAUAAACGUCGAUUGUAUCCCAUAAUAAAAUCUCUACGAUAAACAUAUCGUCAAUGAUUCAUGCAUUAUACUUGCUUCUUGAUUAUACUACAACAAGAAUCAAGAAUUGAGAGACCAUAAAUAAGCAAGAAAAUGUCAAAUGUACAUGCAAAAUUGUACCCUUGUGUACUCUAUUUUAAUGAAUUUCAAGGUGGUUCUCUUCAUUUCUUCAA